AUGUCGAUUCAAAAUAUUCUACUUGCAGCCGCGGGCGGCGCAACACUCUUGGUCCUUGGAAGAAUAAUCUACCUCCUCUUCCUCCACCCUCUAGCAAAAUUUCCUGGUCCAAUUUGGGCUCGUCUUACAGAUGGCUACGGUGCCUACCACUCCUGGCUAGGCGACGCCCACCUCGACAUGUGGCGACUGCACGAGAAACACGGCGACUUCGUGCGCUACAUGCCCAACUCAGUCUUCAUCCGCAACGCAGAUGCGCUGCACGCCAUUUACUCGACGAAGGCGUACGCCUCAGUAGUGAAGAGCCCUCACUACCAAGUCCUCCAAGCCGGCAGCGUAGGCAGCACGUUCAGCUUGCGCGGAGGACACGAUCACCUUCGGCGUCGGCGAAUCGUCUCCACCGCGCUAUCUGAGAAGGCCCAGCGCGGCAUGGACCCGCGCAUCGCAGUGCACGUACGCAAGUUCUGCGAAGCCGUGCUCCCGGCGCGCUCUGGCGAGCUGGGCGAGCCGAUGAACAUGGCCGAGUGGUGCGGCUACCUCACAUUUGAUCUGAUGUCAGACCUGGUCUUCAGUGCAAGCUAUAACCUGCUUGGUCGCGAAAAGUUCCGCUACAUGCCCGAGGUCAUUGACAAGUCGAAUGUGCGCAUGUCCGUGCUCGCGUAUAUGCCUAUUAUUGCAGCCUGGCGCGCCGUCGACGCCAUCUUCUUCCGCGACGCCCUCAUCGCCCGCAACCGCUUUCUCCGGUUCGUCGUGCGCGCUGUUCGCGAGCGCGCUAAUCGCGCCCUGGGCAAGUGGGCGCCCGACGCCUUGGACCCAUGCAAGCCCCGGGAUGAUAUCUACAGCUCGCUAGCCAAGGCCCGGGACCCGGACACGGGUGAGGGUUUCACGGCGUCGGAGAUGGUCAGUGAAAGCACGACGCUAGUGGUUGCCGGAUCCGACACUACCUCGACGGCGAUCGCGGCGACGUUGUUCUACCUGGCGGAUAACCGCUAUGCGUAUGAGAAAGCCGCGAAGGAGGUGCGUGAGAUUUUCGCGGGCAAGACACUAGGUCCCGAGGAAGUUCUCUCAGGCCCGGAGCUCUCAUCGUGUAGCUAUCUGCGGGCCUGUAUUGAUGAAGCCCUGCGCAUGAGUCCCCCUAACGGUGCGGCGCUGACGAGAGAAGUUCUGCCGGGUGGGUUGACUGUCGGCGACGUUUACAUCCCCGGAGGUGUGACGGUUGCGGUUCCACUGUAUGCAAUCCACCACGAUGAGCGGUACUAUGCGGAUCCCUUCAUCUACCGACCGGAGCGGUGGCUCGAGGAUGAUGGAACUGGCAGCGUCAAGCGGGCGAGACUCGUCUUCAACCCCUUCUCGCUGGGUAUGCGCGGCUGUCUUGGUCGCAGCUUGGCCUACCACGAGCUGAUGACCACGGUGGCCACUGUGUUGUAUCUAGGGGAUUUCCAAUUCGCUGAGGGACCCAUGAGCAAGGUCGGUCGCGGAGUACCUGGGGCGGAGCACGGGCGACACCGUGAGAACGAGUACCAGUUGCACGAGCACAUCACCGGUCAGAAGCAUGGGCCGUGGCUGCGGUUUUCCAGGCGCGAGAUUUCUGCUUAA